AUGAUGUUCUACAUAACUUCUAUCCUUCUAUUCCUUCUAUCGUUUUGGUCUUGUGAAGCUCUUCAAUGUACAACGAAUUGUUCGUAUUCAUAUAACAGUUCAACUUCAUUUAUUUAUCCUGAGACAUGUAAUCAAAUCGUUUCAGCUGGGAAAUGUAAAGCUAAUCUUGCAUUUCAAUUUGAUAUUCAAGAUUACUUUUUUUCAUUAACGAGUUCAUCAACAAGUACAGUUUUUGCAUCGAAUAAUCAACGUCGUGGUCUAUUACAGAUAGAUGGUGAAUCAAGAAAAGUCUGGUUUUCACAUUAUGUUGAUAUUGAAUGUAACGAUAAGGAUGAUUGUGCACGAGAUUUAGCCAUUAAAAUUUCAAAUGAAUUGUCUCAACGAAAAUAUGAUUUCUCAAAACUUGUCAAUCAAUUAGAACAAUAUAUGAUAGGUCCAAUGCAAAUUCGUCGAUUAAAUUGCUAUGAUUCGAAUGAGAAAGAACAAUUAUGUGCAGAACUACCAACUCGUGGAUCUUGUGUUUUAGAAAAUCAAAUUAAAUCGAAUAAAAUAACACGAUCAUGUCGAAUUUCUUCAGGAAAACCGGAAAUAUCUAUUCGAAUGCAUCAGGAUUCAACAACUGCAACAUUUGAACUUGUAUGUCAUCGAGAUUUAUGCAAUACAAAAGGAACAUUAAAUGCUGUGAAGGAGAUUCUAUUGAGAAACAACAUUACUCAGACACCAGAUGGGCGAUUAACUGGUUCAACGUUUCAAAUUUCAUUUUUUCUUCUUCUAUCAAUGAUAUUCAUCACAUUUUGUCAUCAACUUUGA